UCCGGGAUAGGUACUUCCGGUCAUGGCCGCAGCAGCUGCAGCGUGGUGCUGACGGAGAAGAUCCGUCGUGGACGAACCUCAGCGACGCGUCGUGGACCCGGUUCUCUGUCGUGUGUCGGAUCCGUCGUCUGUUGUUCGAGCUCAGCGGCUCUCUGAACCCGAGCAGUCCGAGGAAACCGUCCGAGGUUCGGCCGCAUCAUGCCUCAUCGAAAGAAGAAGUCCUUCAUCGAGAAGAAGAAGGCCGUGACCUUUCACCUGGUCCACAGGAGUCAGAGGGAUCCGUUGGCCGCCGAUGAGAAGGCGCCGCAACACGUCCUCCUGCCCGCCGCCAAGGUGGAGGUAGAGAAGCGACGCACGGAGCAAAGGGAAUUCGGAGUUUUCUUUGACGAUGACUACGACUACCUGCAGCACCUGAAGGAGGCGUCGGCCCCGGUCGAGCUGGUGGCGGCCGCCGCCCCCCGGCACGCGACCAGGCAUCCCGCUCGUCUCCACGAUGGAAACGAGCAAAACGAAGACGAGGAGGAGGAGGAGGAGGAGGGCGACGUGGACCAGGCACUUCCUGCGGCUUCCAUCAACCUGCCGUCGUCGGUGUUCGCCUCGGAGUUCGAGGAGGAGGUGGGGCUUCUGAACAAGGCCGCUCCGAUCUCAGGACCUCGUCUGGACAUGGACCCCGACAUCGUGGCGGCUCUCGACGAAGACUUCGACUACGACGACCCCGACAACAUGCUGGACGACGACUUCAUCUUCAAGGCAAACACAGCGGGCGGCGCAGUGGUCACAGAAGGGAAACACGGUGAAGAUGAUGGUGAUGAUGAUGAGUGGGAGGACACUGACGAGGAAGGCGACUUCGGCUCUGAGGGGGGAUUCUCAGGGGACGAGGACGGCCGCGCUCGAGAGUUCCUCUUCAUGGACGAGGAGACGAAGAGUCGAUUCACGGAGUACUCGCUGACCUCGUCAGUGAUGAGGAGGAACGAGCAGCUCAGUCUGCUCGAUGACCGCUUCGAGAAGUUUUACGAGCAGUUUGAUGACGAUGAGAUCGGCGCCCUGGACAACGCCGAGCUGGAGGGCUUCAUCAACCCGGACAGUGCUCGUCUGGAGGAAGUCAUAAAAGACUACUUCACACAAAAAGCCAAAGAUUUCCUGAGGCCCGACGACCUGGGUCCAAAAGAACUUCCUGUCGUAAGGGAGGAGGAGGAGGAGGAGGAGGAGGAGGAGGAAGAGGAGAUGGACAUAGUUGUUGUGGCGGCUCCAGAAGAGAAGUGGGACUGUGAAACCAUCGUCAGCACAUACUCCAACGUGUAUAACAGACCCAAAAUCAUCGCCGAUCCACCAAAGCCGAAGCAGAUCCGUGUGUCCAGUAAGACGGGCGUCCCCCUGGACGUCCUCCCCGCCAGGGGCCUGACGGCAAAGCAGGCGGAGCGCAUGGAGAUGAUCAACGACUCGGACCUCCCCCGUGUGUCCACGCAGCCCCGGAGCAGAGAGGAGAGCGCCGAGGAGAGGAGGGCGAGGAAGCAGGCCGUCAAGGGCGAACGCAAGGAGCGGCGGGUGGAGAAGAAGGCCAACAGGGUGGCGUUCAACGAGGAGAAAGUCCGACAGCAGAAGCAGAUGGUGAACGUGAGGACGAACAUUCAAGGCCUGAAGCUUUAACGGAGACGACGACAGACGGCGCUCUGCCCUCACAGACACUUUACCCGUCAUCAGUGGACCCGACGCCGCGACGGGGCCGACGCCCAGAGAGGACCGACGCCGAGAGGCUCUGGGUUUUUAGACCAGAGUGGAGUUUCCUCAAAUCACCACGAGAUAAAAGUUAAUUUAUUUUUAACUUCAAAUAAAAUUUAAAAAAGGAGCCAACAUGAACUUUAUCUACAAUAAACCCUGGAGGUCGUCGCCGCGCAGGAUUAAUAAAAGUCUGGGCAUCAAACUCAAGCUUUUCUUUUGUGUGCGGCUGCUCAAAAGGAAAACGUGAAGAUGAAGACUCUCGUCUGUCGAUUUAAAAAAUACACCACCUACAAGCAGCUUCUGGGUCUAGUCAACACUUUAUAUCGUAAAGGCCUUUUGUCAUUUUUGGGUUCAACAUUUACACUUUAAACUAUUGAGAUUAAUAAAGUGAGCUGCAGGUCGGUGACUCGCUGUCUCCAGUUUCGUGGCUGCUAAAGGUCUCCUCGUGUUUAACAUGAGCGGUGAGAAUCUUCUCAUCGAACUGAACCAGCAAGUGACAAAACUGUCCAAACUCAUUUACUAUGUUUCAGUUUUCUUCGUGUGUCUUUAUUAAAUAAAACACUUCAAUGCGA